UCUUUUUCCGCUCGAUAUUCUGCUUCUUCCUCCGCAUAUUCUUCCUCUUCUCCUGCUUCAUAUUCUGCUCCUUCCUCCUCCUCCUCCUCCUCUUUUGCCUCCUUUUCUGCUUCUUCUUCCUCUUCUUCUGCUUUAGAAACGGAGCGAUUCGCAACAGCUUCAUAUUCUGCUUCUUCUUCCUCUUCUUCUGCCUCCUUUUCUGCUUCAUAUUCUGCUCCUUCUUCUGCUCAGGCGUCCUCGAGCAGCCGCUACCAGGAUUUCCACUUCGUUGGCGAUUACGUGGGUGUCCAGGCUGAUGCGGAAAAACAUGUUUAA